GUAAAAAAUUGCUUUUGUUGGUGAAAAUUGUGGAAAAAUCAGAGUGGCUUGAGGAUGUUCUGCACAGGGAGCUGUGAGCAUGGAUGCAAUGCCACCUCCUCGGGCAAGCUGAUCGCCACUGGCAAUGGAUCACAGUCACAGCAGCAGUUCAACAUGUGCUAUGCCCCACUGUCGAUGCAGUCGCACAACGAAUUGGGCUGCAAGUCCGAGGUGGAGCCACCGCGGGUGGGAAUGUGCCUGGUCACCGAAUGCCCGGAGGGUUUGAGCAUUGACUGCAAUGUGCCCCUGCCCAACUCCUUUAAUUUGGAUGAGUACAACAAGCAGAUGAUCUGCUCCUGCUGUUCACAGUUCAAUGGCGGAUGCCCGCCACAGCCGGGGACAGCCUGCCCCAUUCCCAUUUCCAUCCCCAUUCCCAAUCCAAAUCCCAUCCAGGCACCGCCUGCUUGCAGUUUUCAGUGCCAGUGCUGUCCCAUGGGAGGAGCUUGUCCUGGAUACGAUUCGCAGUCGGCUUCCAAGGCUCCAGUGUGUCCAUUGCCCAAGCCAGCAAGGAGCAAUCGUCAGGACCAAGAAAUGGCAAUGACUCGACCGACUCAAGGACCUGCUGCAAUGCCGCAGAUCUUCUGCCUCACAGCACCGACUUCAGAUGGCGUCUUCUAUCAGCCGGAUCAGCAGCCCGUUUACUUCUGCAGCCUGAUUCCAGUGCCCCAGUCCUGGAACCUGGUGGUCCCGAUGGCCCAAUCGCAGCAGCUGCCGCAGCAGCAACUGAUGACGAGUCCUGCCCAGGACACACAGCUGCCGACGCAGCAGCUGAUGCGAUAUGACCUGCCCUUCCCCCGCCUGCUGGCCGAACUGCGAAGGGAGCGGGAGAGGUCCUGCUGCGAACUCCAGAUCCCGCCGCCUCUGGCCUUCCAGCUCUAUGCGCCCACGGUCACCUUCUGUGACCCGCCAGUGGCGGGUCCUGCAAAGACAGCGGGUCCUGAUCCACUGGCAGCUCCUUGUGCCCCGCCCCCUCCAUCACCACCGCCGCCACCACCACCACCACCACAAGCAACAUCCUCCUCCCCCGUCAGAUCGCCCAGAGCCCGUUCAGUCAGCCCAAAGCGCAGCCGAUCCUGUCUCCGGAACAAGGACCUGUGGGCCAGUAGUGGCCCCUCCACCAGCCACGCCCCCUAUCCCUCGGCCGCCCAACAUGGAGCCGGGAAUGUGUGCAUGAAGUGCGGAAACUGCUGGCACUGCCCGCGCUGCAAUUGCUCAAAUUGCUUCUGGCAUCCUGGCUUGGGGCGAACGCCCCCCAGAGACAGUAGAUAGGAAAAAUAUGGUAUAUUUAUAGAUACAAAUUAUACUUGCAUUGUAAUUUUAUUAUAACAAUUAAAUGCUAGCAGCAAGCGAUUUCAUUUCAACGAA